GCAUUUUUGGCGUACAUCUUUUUGCAACAUUUAGAAACAAUUUUUGCUUAAAUAUGAAAAUGGACGUAGAUAAAGACACGAAAGAAACUGGCGUUGAGCUCACCGAAGCCGAAAAUGAGCUAUAUGAUAGACAAAUACGACUUUGGGGCUUGGAAUCACAAAAACGACUGCGCACAGCAAAUAUACUGAUUUCCGGUCUGAAUGGACUGGGUGCCGAAAUUACCAAGAAUAUCAUUUUGUCUGGUGUAAACUUGGUGAAAUUGCACGAUGACAAAUUGGUUACCGAGGAGGAUUUCUGCUCACAAUUCCUGGCGCCACGUGAAUCGCUGGGCCUCAACCGGGCCGAGGCAUCCCUGACACGUGCUCGUGCCCUCAAUCCGAUGGUGGACAUAUCCGCCGACACUCAGCCAUUGAAGGAGAAGACAGCUGACUUCUUUGGCCAAUUCGAUGUGGUCGUCAUAAACGGCGCCAGCAACGCAGAGCUAUUGCGCAUCGACACCAUAUGCCGGGACUUGGGCGUUAAAUUUUUUGCCACCGACGUUUGGGGCAUGUUUGGCUUCCAUUAUGCCGGCUUGCAGAAGCACAGCUACGUGGAGAAUGUUUUCAAGUACAAGGUUGUCUCGAAGCCAAAUGAGAAAGUCAAAUACGAAACGGUGUCCACUCCAGUGCAACGCGAGGUCGAGUAUCCGGCGUACUCCAACUGGCUCGACUUCGACAUUAAUGCUCCUAGUUACCAGCGCAAGCUGCGUCGCGAUGGUCCCGGCAUCAUCCUGCUGCGCGUUCUACAAACCUUCCGCAGCGAAAACAAGCGUGAUCCCCACUACAAGACCAGAACGGCGGAUAUUGAGCUGCUGGAGCAGAUCCGAGACGAGUUGGCACCAAACUCCACUCUCACCAGCGAUGCACUUGGCUUGCUCUUCGCACAGAUCUCACCAGCAGUCGCUGUCGUUGGCGGCGUUGUGGCACAGGAGGUUAUCAAGGUGGUGACCAAAAUGGAAGCUCCUCAUCGAAAUUUGUUCAUCUUCAAUCCAGAAACUUGCGUGGGCUAUGUGGAAGCCAUUGGCGUCAACUAACCUAGCCGUUAUUGCAUGAAUAAAGUAACAUAACAUCAUUUAUUUCAUUUCAAA